CUUGAACUCUCUUUAUAAAUGAGUGAAGAUCUCUCUCGAGGAUCCAGGGCAGUGCGUGUCGCAAACAAGGCUUCUGCUUCAGCCAUUUCUGAAAGUAUAAAGACCACCUCGAAUCUGGUGUCCUUUCGCGUCGUUCUAGCUGCCGACCUCGAUGUCCCUGCUCGUGAGGCUAUCUGGUCAAUAUUCGAGACGAACAUGCGCUCUCUACUCAUGCCGUCGUCAUUGGGCUGGAAUCCUCCUGAAAAGCGAUUGGAACUAUUCAACGACCUGCAUCGCUUCAUUCUAGUUCACACGAAAGAGGCGCCCCAUCGGCUCGUUGCCUUCGUUGCAUUUCGCUUCGAAUUUGAGGAGGGCGAGGACACAUUGUAUUGCUAUGACCUGCAUGUCUCUUCCACAGCUCGACGUCAAGGACUUGGACGUGCCUGAUAAAUCAGCUUCAGAACAUUGCUUCUGAUUUUGGGAUGGAUAAGAUCAUGCUGACUGCCCUGAAAUCAAACAUUUCUGCUCUGCAGUUCUAUCGCAUCGUUGGGUUUGAGCUGGAUGAGACAUCUCCCGGAGACGAAGACGAAGAAGACUACAAGCUGUUGAGCAAGUAUCUGGAAUAUAUUGAUUGAUCGGGCCUCGUUGUAUUCAUCUUGGAUCCUCCAAAUCUUCUCAGAACUUACGUCGUCUUUCUGGGAACUAGAAACAUUCUAAAGCCCCGUGUUCUGGUCAUUCAGUGAAAAUUUGCAGCUUUAUUCCUAUGAGAGAUAAAUAUAAAACUGACAUCUUAUACAAAUGCAGUCCUGAUCUCGGUUUCCUGUCUGAGAAUUCAAUCUGGAUCAAAGCGCGAACACGAUGACGACGCGUCAGCACGUGACCGUACUUUCUCCUCCAACCCAACCACUACUUGCCCAGCCCUAAAUCACUAUCCGAGUCGGACCUGUCGUUCUGAUCACAAAAACGAUUGCAUCCACCUUGCGUCCCGUUCUCCGUGCGCUCAUGUCCAAGCGCCCGCAGCUCACCCCCGAGCAAAUCGCGCUAUCCGAGGCUCGAAAGGCCAAGAAACUGAAGCUCCAGAGCGAUCCCUCGGAGCCUGCUCUUCCGGAGAAGAGCAGGAUUCUGCGUCGGCCUUGGAUUGAACUGGAUCGACCCGGGGCGAAAGACGCACAACAACGACCAGGGAGGUUUAGUCUCCUGACUUGGAAUGUCCUGGCGCAAUGCCUAGUCCGUCGGUCGCUUUUCCCCACGAGCACGUGUCUCAAGGGUGCCCAACGGCAGCCCAUGAUACAAGAAGAGAUUCUGUAUCAAGACGCCGAUAUUCUGUGUCUGCAAGAAGUGGAUGGACUGGACAAACUGCUUCCCGUGCUCGAGAAAGAGGGGUAUCGGCACCACUAUGCAUCAGGACCGGGCAAGAAACACGGCUGCCUGAUAGCAUUCAAGAACACGUACGAAAAGAUCGGCGACCGGCUGGUCCUGUAUGACGAGCAGGACGUGCGGAGGGAUGGUGAAGACAAGUUUCGCCGCGGAAGUAGUUUCCGGACGAAGAACAUCGGGUCUCUCGUUGCCUUGAGAUGCGUUUCGGAUGAAACGCGCAGCGUGAUAGUUGGUACCACGCAUCUAUUCUGGCACCCCAGACAAGCUGGAAUCCUCCUCCGAGAUAUCACCAAGUACAGGGCUGAUCUUGGCCACGGAUCGUGGCAUUGCAUACUAGCAGGAGAUUUCAACUUCACUCCCGAAGAUCCAGCGUACUCCUUACUCGUAGGGCGGCCGCUGACUCAAGCCCAGUCGGAGCGCUUGGAUAUAUCUCGUGUCGUGCACGUCUCGCUCGACCCGAGUGUCCCGGUAUCAGGCCCGCGCGUGGCAGACGAGGAUGAGGGCGACGAUCCUGACCUCGUCAUCACCAACGCGCGACGAGCGGUGCCCGCUGAUGGCCUACUAUCGGAUGCGGAGCUGUCCUCCCUGUUCGCGAGCUCUGGUUUAGUCCGCAGUGCCUACAACGAGGGUCUGCAUCACUAUCGCCAAAUAGCAGGCGACAUUGGCACAUUUGGGGAACGGCUGGGAUGGGUUGCCGGGAGCAAGGGCUUCCACGAGCCUGAAUACACGAGCUACACACAUUGGUGGAAGUCUGUGCUCGAUUACAUCUUCUUCGUCGAGCCGCGGCCCUUGCAAAUUACUGGUUUUCGGGCCCCACAUGUUGUGAAGAACAUGGAACUCGGACUUCCACAGACCGGCAUCUGCGGCAGUGAUCACAUCUCACUGUGCGCUGAGUUCCGAGAAAGCGUCGAAUUCGAAGCAUUAGGUAGUGAUAGAUGAGUAGGGAACGAGCGGCUGUCCGUGGGCGAAUGCGUAUAUGUAUGCGAGCAUAGAAUGUAACGUUUAAACAUUAGCGGGUCCGGUCGGAGCCCUCGAUGAGACUGUCAAACAGCCCUCCGGCAGACUGUUCCGUCCGGAGCUGGAUCAUGUAUACUAUUCCGGUCCUCACUCCCAUGUCGCUCAGCUCAAUGGCGA